UAGGCCUUCCAGCGAAGGUUAAUGUAUCACCAGGGAGUCUGCAGCCUGACCUUUGACUCUGAGCAAUUUUGUCAGUGGGACAGGCCAAGCAGCUGGGUCAAAGCGUAGACGCACUCCUGCAGGAUUUCAAGCUGCCUCUCUCCAAAAUCCAAACAAGCAGCAUGACUGAGACACAGCAAACAGCCGGGAACUGUCUUGCACCGGGCCAACCUGUUAUCAGAACCUGGCCGCUGUACAGGACAACAGGACCACUUAGUGACACCAUGUCCCGUUUCGAAGGGGACGGGGUCCGAUACAAGGCCAAGCUGAUCGGCAUGGACCCGUUGACGGAUGCACCGGGAGAAAAGAUGUGCUUGGAUUCCAUGAUGAAACUGAAGGGUUUUGAGGUAGCAGCAAGAAGACAGGGAAAGCACAAGAUGAGAAUUUGGCUGAAAAUUUCCUCUGGUGGCUUAAAGAUUUUGGAUGAGAGGACCGGGAUUGUUCUUCAUGACCAAGACAGAACCAGGAUCAGUUCAGUGACAAAGGACAAGUCUGACCCCAGAGCUCUGGCCUACAUCUAUAAACAUGAAGAUGCAUACAUUCUCUUCUACAUCAAGACAGCCACCCAGGCAGAUCCGAUCCUUUUGGACAUCUUGGAGGUUUGUCAGCGCGUGGAGCAGGAGACCUCUCAUCAACCUGUGAAAACCCAAGACAGUUCUUUGGUGGUGCUGAAUAAAGAUUUGGCCUCCCCAGCGAUGGGGGCAGCUCUUGAGAAUGUGUUUAGUCCACCACCUGUCUCAUCAUCAGGACUAACAAACCAGACCUCUUCAAGUAAUGAACUGAUGGAGAUAUUUUCCCCACCACUGACAGACCCUUUGACACCCAAUCAUAUCGCCUCUGUCAGCCAUCCAGCUUCGCCUGCAGAGUCUCCACAGCAAACCCUCUCCGCCACUCAGAUCCUCUCCAUGUUCCCCAUACAGCCACCAGGGGGCUCUCCAUACAUCUCUCCACCACUAUCUCCCAGUGCAAUGCCUUGGGGUCAGCAGGGGCUUGUGGGAAACCAGUUGACUGGUAGCUGGCCCUCCACACCAGGCGUGCCAGCACCGCUGGACAUUACAGCGCCUCCCGCUGUAGUCCUGCCUCAGCCCGGAUUCAUGAUGAUGAUGAGCCCAGCUGCCCCCCCAUCCCUUAACGAAUAUCCCAACCCAUUAAACUCCAUCUCUAUGCUCAACGGAACGACUGGAGCACCUGGAGCUCCUGGACUGGACAACAACCCCUUCCUGUGAUGAGCUGGAAUGCUUGACUUUGCUCUCUGAGUCAUUUGUUAUGUCUCCAACUAUUGUAUUGAUAUAAAUGGUGACAAGGAUCCAACACUUUAAUGAAAUGUGCUAUUUUAGGUGUUUUCUGCUACUAUCAAUGCAUCUUGUUAAAUACUUCUCAAUGGUCCUGAUUAAACAGCUGUGUUAUAAACUGAAAGUUAUCAUGGGACUCACAGAAAUUAUUAAUCUGAUCAGAUUAGUUUACACCACAUUUGGUAUUCCAGCUGUUCUUUUUGAAAUUACUUUUCUGCUUUUUCUUUUGGUUUUCACUGAUAACGAUACUCUUAAGCAUUCAAUUAAGCACGAUAUACUGACUAAUGUUACUGUUGUGUUAAUGCUGGCUCAGAAAAUGUACUGUUGUGUGUUUUUAAGAUGUUUUCUGCUGGACAAACUUCCAAUUCCCUCCGGAAAAUAAACGAUGGAGCUGACCUUGCUGUGAGGCAGAAUUAAAUGCUGUCUGGGGAAACAGAUUUGCUUCAUGUUUCAUUUGAUGUGUCUGUAAUAUCAGAUUCUCUGCUCUUGUUAACCUUCUGCACCUCCAUAAAUACAAAGCAAAAUAAACAACCUGCUUGACAUUA